GAAACAACGGAAGGUGGAUCAAGAAAAAAUAUUUCUGAUUGGAUUCGCAUUACAAAAGAGUUGAAUGUUCUAAAAAAGGAAGAUACUGAAAAUAUAAUAAAGCUUAAGGAAUAUUUAUAUCGAGUUAUGCUUCCAAUCAUGGAAGUCCCUGUACUGGCUUCCAAAUACAGAAAAAAUUACGGAUAUAACCACGCAAUAGACAAAGUGGUUGAUGGAAAAUAUGCAGACUUAUUGGCAUGGAUGUGGAAAACUGGCGAAGAAAUAUUUAUCGGGGAACAAGCUGGGCCUCCUACUCAACCUGACCUCACAAAAUUAUCAACGGAUUCUUUUAAAUUAUACAGAGAAAUGAGAGAUUGCCUGAAUUCUAGAAUAUUACGUGCUAUGGGAAAAGGGGACAUAAAUUAUAAUAACCGUGCUGUUUUUGGAGCAUUAGGUUAUCUUUUCGAAAUCAAAAUAGUUAUAAUGUGGAAAGAUGGUGUGUAUGUAUAUGAAGAAUAUGGAAGUUUAAAUAUUGCUUCUAAUCCGCAUCAGAUUUCUAUGAUGAAGGCAGAUAUGUUAAAAUUGCUGGAAUUUAUG